AUGGAAGAAGACCAAAAAGAGAAAUGGCUUCGUCAUUAUGAAGAAGACCCAACUGACCCAAAAUUUCAUUUACAUAAAAAACAAUGUAUGAUAUUUACACCAGCUGGUAAACCAGUAUUUUCAAGAUAUGGAAAUGUACUUCUUUUAUCAUCAUAUUGUGCAACAUUAACAGGGAUUAUAUCUUAUACCAAUAAUGAUCCAAUUAAAGAAGUUAAAAUUAUUAAUGAAGCACUAAUAAUAUUUGAAACAGAUUCACCAUUAUGGUAUUGUAUCAUUUCUCAAACAAACGAAAGUUGUAAAGUUUUACGUGCACAAUGUUCUAUUGUAUCACAUGUACUUCAUUCAUUUAUUCCAAUGCCAACAAUAAAACAAACAUUAGACUCUUCGAGUAAUUAUGAUGUAAGAAGAGUAAUUAGUGGACAUUAUUCAUUACUUAAAAAUGCAUUAAAAACAGCUAAUAAUUGUAUUGGAUGUAGCGUUAAUUGUACAACAAUUUAUCCUCUUCUGGUUGAACAAAGAAGGUUUAUUGAAGAACAUAUUGAGUCUUCAGUAAAAGUUAUUGAAAAACAAAUGGAUAAAGAUGGUAUUAUUUUUGUUUUAAUUUUUAAAAAUGAACAAAUUGUCUUUGCUCGUGGAAGAAAUAAUGCAAAAUUAUCUUCACGUGACAUAAUAACAUUAAUUACUCAUAUUAAUACAAUGAGAAGAGUAGGAAAGAAAGUUCUUCAACCAAUAUGUUUAUCUGAUUUUAAUGAAGAUGGAUUUGUUCAAAGUUAUUUUGAUUUUAUAAAAAAAGGAGUUACUAUUGUUGCAAUUUCAACAUUACCUGAGUCUAUUGUUUCAUUAAAUAUGUUAUGUAAUGAUAUUGAAUCAUAUUUAGAAGAUAUUCCUCUUGAAGAUGUUAUUUUAAAAAAUCCAAUGAUAGUAGAAAAUAAAUUAUUGGCUUUAGUAGUAACUAAAAAUCAUCAAAUGUAUAUUGAAGGAAAUUUAACAAAACAAAUGAAAAGAGAUAUUGCAAAUGCAUUUUCAAGAAAUUAUACUAAUGAAUUUAUUAAAUCAGAUUAUUAUUACUUAUUACAUAAUAGAACUGGUGAUAUAGAAUUUGUUGCUUUAUCUAAUGUAUUUUUAUCUAAAGACAUUCAAAUAAAUCUAACAAAUGAGCUUCUUAAUUGGUCUGAUUCUGUAGCACCUUCUUUAUGGUUAGAAUCUCCACCUUUAUGGUAG